AUGUUCAUCAUGGUUGUAUUUGGAGUAGAAUAGCUACAGUUUUCUUCCGAAGAUAGCAUUGUAGUGCUCUUGAGGAGUUUUUAGUGGUUUUUAGGUAAGAAAUAAUCAACUAUAAUCAGUCUGAAUAGAUUUAAGAAACCUGUCAUCUUUUUUGUUUUCUCUGUUUUCUUUGUUUUCUUAAACUUAGUCAGUUUGUACAAUACAUAGUGCUUAUGUGUGGUUUUAAAUGUUGGGAAAAUUAAACUGGGGUUUAAUGGAAUUGUGGUCUAAUGCAGCAACUUCUAUUGAUAAGUCAUCAAAGUUGUUUUACAGAAGAGCUUUUUUAGUCCUGGCUUUUAGCCCAAGGUCAAUCUGGUUUCACUGAAGUUGAUAAAAUUUCUGAAGUGUUUUCUUUCUCUUAAGUGUUGGUUGUUGCUCCUGCCCCAGCCAGACAUGAAAAUCUGCCAUCACUGUGCUCGUUGCUGUGGAAGCAGUUUCCAUCUUGCACAGCAGCAUGAAGAGUCAGACUGCAGACUUUUGAAUGCAGUAAAUUCUGUCAGGGUGGAGACAAAGUUGUUUGUGCUGUUACGAAUAUAUGAAUAUUCAGUCUAAAUGUCUGAAUUCUGUCACUUAGAAAAAGCUGUGUAGUGUUCACUCUCUGAGUUUUGAGAUGUUGCUUCCAGUGCUUGGUUAUAAUCACAGGUACUUUAACUUGCUCCAAAAUAACCAGUUUAUUCCAUAUUUGCUGAAUUGGAUUCAGUCUCACAGAGUUGCUGCAAUUGUUCUACACAGGCAAACAUGUGACAGACCUCACAUGGUAUUAACAGGGUGUGUGCAGGUAAAAAAUGCAGGUUUGGGUGCAGGUCUGUAGCAACUGAUUUUUUUGUGCUUUUGGUUUCAGCAGUCUGAGAAGUUGGUGCUUCUUACACUCUCAGUUUAUCUUGGUAAUGAAAAGAGGAAGUGAACCAGAUCACAUCAAAUCAAGCUGAUGUCUGUGUUCUCACAGUCACUGCUCCUGGAGGAUCUCAUCAGUCUCUGAAUGUGCAGGAGUGUGGCUGUUCUGGUUUCCGCGUGUCUCGAGCGAGCCCUGCGGCCGAGAUGGACACGGACGGCUUUGGAGAGCUGCUGCAGCAGGCAGAGCAGCUGGCAGCCGAGACCGAGGGCAUCUCGGAGCUGCCGCACGUGGAGCGCAACCUGCAGGAGAUCCAGCAGGCCGGGGAGCGGCUGCGCUCCCGCACGCUGACCCGCACCUCCCAGGAGACCGCGGACGUGAAGGCAUCGGUUCUUCUUGGGUCUAGAGGGCUUGAUAUAUCCCACAUUUCUCAGAGACUUGAGAGUCUAAGUGCAGCCACUACAUUUGAGCCUCUUGAACCUGUGAAGGACACUGACAUCCAGGGUUUCCUGAAGAAUGAAAAAGAUAAUGCAUUGCUGUCUGCCAUUGAAGAGUCUAGGAGGAGGACUUUUGCCAUGGCUGAGGAGUAUCACCGAGAAUCAAUGCUGGUUGAAUGGGAACAGGUGAAACAAAGGAUUCUUCAUUCUCUGCUUGCAUCAGGGGAAGAUGCUCUUGAUUUCACCCAGGAAAAUGAGCCCAGCUACGUGGGGGAGGUGGGUCCUCCAGGCCGCAGCUCCAUGGACAGUGUGGAGAUGGCAUAUGCUCGUCAGAUUUAUAUUUAUAAUGAGAAGAUAGUGAAUGGACACCUGCAACCUAACCUGGUGGACCUCUGUGCUGCUACUGCAGGCCUGGAUGAUAAGAACAUCUCUGAGAUGUGGGCCAUGGUGAAACAAAUGACAGACGUCACCCUGGUGCCUGCCAGCGAUGCCCUGAAAGUCAGGACCAACAUGGAAGUGCGCAUGGAGUUCGUGAGGCACGCUCUGCACUACCUGGAGGAAAGUUACAAAAAUUACACUUUUGUGACAGUCUUUGGAAACCUGCACCAGGCUCAGCUGGGUGGAGUCCCAGGCACCUACCAGCUGGUCCGCAGCUUCCUGAACAUCAAACUCCCAGCAUCAGUCCCUGGUCUGCAGGAUGGUGAGGUGGAGGGCCAUCCUGUGUGGGCGCUGAUUUACUACUGCAUGCGCUGCGGAGAUCUGACUGCAGCCAUGCACGUGGUGAAACGGGCACAGCACCAGCUGGGGGAGUUCAAAACAUGGUUCCAGGAGUACAUGCACAGUAAAGACAGAAGACUGUCUCCUGCCACAGAAAACAAACUGCGUCUUCAUUACAGACGAGCUCUGAGGAAUAACACUGACCCCUACAAAAGGGCUGUUUAUUGUAUUAUUGGUCGUUGUGACAUUACAGACAACCAGAGUGAAGUUGCUGAUAAAACAGAAGAUUAUCUUUGGCUAAAACUGAACCAAGUGUGUUUUGAUGAGGGUGGUGCGAGCUCUCCGCAGGACCGGCUAACGUUAUCCCAGUUCCAGAAGCAGCUGCUGGAGGACUAUGGUGAAUCACAUUUUGCAGUGAACCAGCCACCGUUCCUCUACUUCCAAGUGCUGUUCUUGACAGCCCAGUUUGAAGCCGCGAUUGCUUUUCUUUUCCGGACAGAGCGCUUGCGCUGUCACGCUGUUCAUGUUGCUUUGGUUCUGUUUGAGUUAAAAUUGCUCCUGAAAGCAUCUGGCCAAAGUGCACAGCUAUUAAGCCAUGAAGCUGGUGACCCUCCUGGUGUCAGACGUUUAAAUUUUGUGCGGCUUUUGAUGCUUUACACCCGUAAGUUUGAAUCAACAGAUCCAAGGGAAGCUCUGCAGUACUUUUAUUUUCUCAGGAAUGAGAAGGACAGCCAAGGAGAGAAUAUGUUCCUGCGCUGCGUUAGUGAAAUCGUCAUCGAAAGCAGAGAGUUUGAUAUGAUUCUUGGAAAGCUGGAAAAGGAUGGUAGUAGGAAGCCUGGAGUGAUAGACAAGUUUACAAGUGACACAAAAUCCAUUAUUAACAAAGUGGCUUCUGCAGCAGAAAAUAAAGGAUUGUUUGAAGAAGCUGCAAAACUCUAUGACCUUGCAAAGAACCCUGACAAAGUUUUAGAGCUGAUGAACAAGCUCCUUAGUCCAGUUGUUCCCCAGAUCAGCACUCCCCAGUCAAACAAGGAGCGUUUGAAGAACAUGGCCCAUUCCAUUGCUGAGAGGUACAAAGCACAGGGCAUAAGUGCGAAGAAAUCCAUUGACUCCACGUUCUACCUUCUGCUAGACUUAAUCACCUUUUUUGAUGAAUAUCACGCUGGUCACGUUGACAGGGCCUUUGAUAUUAUUGAACGCCUGAAGCUUGUACCUCUUAGCCAAGAUUGCGUCAAGGAGAGAGUCGCUGCCUUCCGGAAUUUCAGUGAUGAAAUCAAACACAAUUUAUCUGAGGUUCUGCUUGCAACCAUGAAUAUUUUAUUCACCAAGUAUAAGAGGAUGAAAGGCACAAGCCCAACCACUCCUGCCAGACCCCAGCGGGUAAUGGAAGACAGAGAUUCGCAACUUCAGUCUCAAGCUCGGGCACUGAUAAUGUUUGCUGGGAUGAUCCCAUACAGAACAUCAGGAGACACCAACGCAAGACUGGUGCAAAUGGAGAUCCUUAUGAAUUAG